CCUCAAAAGUACAUUAUUAGGCCCUUAAAAUAUCUUUCAAGGCUUAUGAACUAUCUUUUAAGACAUAUUGACUAUUUUAAAACGUAAGACGAUUAUCUUUCGAGGUAUGGUGAGUGAGAUAAUACGGGCCUUACCUACUUUCGACCGCUAAUUAUUUUGUGGUGAGGGAAGCAAGCUAACCAGCUCGAUACCUCGAGCUCAGAGGUUCUUGAGCAUCACUGUCCACCAUCUCAGCAUCAUCUAAACGGUAUCUCAUCCACUAUCUGCGCUCCAUCCAAAUACCUGUCCUCCAAAAAAGUCGUCACAAAGAUGACGCAGCCCUCAGGGGCUCUUUUCAGGCACCACACCAAAAACGAGAUGCGAGUUACAGGGGUUCAAAGCCCGCUAACCAAGCGCCACAGGUCUUGUCUCAACAACCCUGGAAUCACCGGCGAAUCACUCAGCUGAGCCCCUCGCACUUGAUGCCAGUUUGAACGAUGGGGAGGACUCCAGGCAGAAUCUCGUUUCUGGUGUUUAUAUAUACCCGUGUUCUCCAACCUCACCCGCAUGUCUGAUUGACUGCUUCUCCUUAAACCAACCACUGUCCAGCUCUUGUUUGUCUGUCAUUUGUAACCCGCUGAAGAAAUGUUCCACAUCCGCCGCCGCCGCAACGUUCUGCAGGACAACCUGGGCUCCACACCGCCGCCAAACCGGAAACCCGCAUUGACGUCUUCCGGACCCAACUCCACUUCCGGCCCGGCGGCCGAUUGCGAACUGCCUCAUCAUGAUGAUUCCGGCGCUCAACCAAAAAGGGGCUUUUCCCAACUGCCACCAGAGAUCCAUCUGAUAAUCACACAACAUCUCAUCUAUCCUGAUGCCCUAUCCCUCAAGCACACCUCUCGCUAUUUCUACCGGCUCGUCGAUACCGGCGUGAAACUGAAGGUUGAUUGGCUCAUGGAGAGGAGGAAGCUGCAUCUGGAAUGCCCGAGUAAUCAGCGAUGUGAUUUGGGGAGUGACUUGCGGUUUUGUAGGGGGAGCGUAAAGUUAUUGAUGCAACGAAGAAGAGAGCAUAUCGAGUGUGAAUCACGACCUGGUUUAGGCUGUCUAAUUUACGGCACAGAGACCUGUCCCCAUGCAAGGAAGCUCAAAACCAAAAUCAAGAGGUGGUUGAGGGGCCCGGUGACGUUGGAGAUGAGAUGGGUCUUGUUGGUUAUUGGUGUUGCUUUGCUGCCGUUGAUCAUAAUGGGUUGGGUUUGGUUGAUGGAGAGCUUUGUUUGGAGUUGACAAGUCUUGUUUGAAGUCUGAUAUGAGCAGGUGUAAUCGCCCUGGCUUUACUUUCAAUCUGUAAUGAUAGUAUACCCCAGCUACGCAAUGAGGAUAAUGCAAAUUUUUGCUGUCGACGUUAU